AUGCUUGCACGAACCCUGAGAGCAUCAUCACGCUUGAUCUGUUCGCCUGUCGUUCUUGCCCGUCAGGGCUCCACUGCUACUGCUGGUCCUGGCCCGCACCCUGAUCCCUCUACAAUCAAGCUGGUCGAAUACCCCAACGACACGCCAGCUAUCAACGCGCAGUUCCUUUCACCGCAUGAGAAGUACUGGGACCAGCAGGGACGCCGUAACUUCGGUGAGCCGCUCCACGAGGAAGCCGAUGUCUUGAACAUUUUCACCCCCGAUAUCCACACCGUGGUUACUCCGCGAAAGGCCUUGGCGCUUCAAGCUGGCUUUGCGAUGAUUUUCGUUACCAUUGCGGGACUUGUUUACCUGACGUGGGAUGGACCUCCGAUGGUGCGCAGGAAGUACCCUUACGGCGGUUUGGAGAGAGAAUUGGGUGGUUUGCCAGGUGACGAGUUCCCUCGGGCGGCUAGGAUUGACGAGUCUGCGUGA